GGCAGCGAAAAUGUUGUCUGUCUUGUCUCUCCUGCUUCUAUUCGCUUACAGUCCUGUCGUCUGCGUUUUCCAGAAACUUUACUGCACAAUAUCAGAAAGUUGUGAGUGCGACUUUAGGCCGAAUAUCAGAGACUUGGAGUGGGACCUCUACAAGAAUGUCUUCGGUCAACAUCUGGCUCAGGACAUCGUGUCAGAGGAGGUGACAAAGUUCCUUCAAAAUAAAAGCCCCGACCAGCCCCUGGUGUUGUCCUUCCAUGGCUCCUCGGGCACCGGGAAGACGCUGGUCAGCUCCAUGCUGGGAGACCAUCUCUACGGCUCGGCCAUGAGCAGCCCCUUCGUCCACCAGUUCAUCCCCACGCUCCACUUCCCCUUGGCCAAGCGGCUCAACCGGUACCGGAGGGAGUUGAAGAGCUGGGUGCAGGGGAACCUGACGGACUGCGCUCGCUCCGUCUUCAUCUUUGACGAGAUGGAGAAAAUGCCUCCGGGCCUCGCCGACGUUCUGGAGCCCUUCCUGGGUCCCUCGCACGUCGUGUUUCGAACCAACUACCGCAAGGCCAUCUACGUCUUCAUCAGCACGGCGGGAGAAGAGGCGAUAAACAAGGUGGCUCUGGACAACCGGCAGGCGGGGCGGGAAAGAGAGGAGAUCAAGCUGGCCGACCUGGAAGAAGCCAUCGUGCAGGAGGUGUACAACCACAACACGAGCGGCUUCUACCGGUCCAGCAUCGUCCAGCAGAAGCUGGUCACGCGCUUCGUGCCCUUCCUGCCGCUGAGCCGCUGCCACGUGGAGCGCUGCGUGCGCUCGCAGCUCUGCCAGCGGGGCUGGUGCGGCCGCGGCGACGUGGUGGAGGCGGUGGGCCGGGACAUGAUCUACGCCCCCGUCCCGGGACAGUACUUCUCCACCACGGGCUGCAAAGCCGUCUCCGCCAAGAUCAACUUCUUCCUCUGAGAGGAAAUCUCGCAGGUACUUGAUCGAUAGAGAGAUGCAGGUGACUCCAGAGGAAUCAAACCGAGUCCCCGCUCCUGGCUCACAGGCAGUGCCUUCACUGCAGGGAGGUGAGUGGUGGCAAAAAGAGAGCCUGUUGCCCAGGUAACCAGCUCCUCCCCCCACGGAGCCGAAGAUGAGUCCACCUGCGCUUGGAAUCAUGGGAAUUCAAACUGUUGAACCUCUGCCAGUGUUAUUGAACCGGCAGCCUCAGAUUUACCACGCUACCAUGGCGGGUUUUCAUUUUUUAAACCCCGCAACAAAAUAGAGGACCUCAGCCUGCCUGUUUUUAAAGAUUUAACUCUGUUAUUUAUCACAUUUUAAUUUAUUUUCCUUCUUCAUGAACCAUCCUUCUCGCCAGUCGCUGCAGCAGGUUUCACCUGCAGCUCCUGGAGACAGUGCCUUGCUCAGCAGCUCGCCGGACGAUGACCAUGCAGCUUAAACUCCUUACUUUUGAGUUUCUUUUAUACUUUUAGAUGUUUAUUGAAAAAAAAAAUGGGAAUCAUAUUCAGAACGUCCUCAGAGAAAUGUUUAAUGAUUGAAUGUUUUAACAGGAACAAGCACGUGUUGGUAGCCUGUGAGGGACUCGAUCUCAGCUGAUGUGAAGAGAAAGAUCCUCGAUAAUACAGCUGAAACAAACAGAUUUUUCUCUGUCUGACAGUAAAAUUGAGGAAACCUUUCCUUUUGUAAAAAAAGGAAGAUUUGUAAAAUGUCAAAAUAAUGAUUCUUUUUUUUUUAUUAUUAUUAUUGCUUCGAGUUCCGAAGUUUACUUUUAUUAUUUGGGUAAAAUUACCUUUAACGCUCUCAAACUCGGAUGGUUCUGGUCGCUCCUUCACAAUCUUGUCAGAGUUCUGGCCCCUUCCUCCUGACGGAACCGGUGGAGCCGGGUCCAGUUUGCCUUUUUUAAGAUAAGAUAGUCCUUUAUUGAUCCCCAGAGGGGAAAUUCUGGUGCUACAGCAACUCAAAGUCGGACAACAUGAACUCAGACUAAAUGAACGAUAAAGAUAAAUUAUAAGUAUGAAAAAUUUGAAAAAAAUCAAAUACAGUAAAAAAGUAACUGAAACUGAACAAGUGUACUUUAAACUGAAUAAAUGUACUAUAAACAUAGUAAGUACAGUAUAAUAAAUAGUGUUAUGCUAAUAUAGUAUGAUGGAAUAGUGUGUAGUUGCAGUCUUAUUAUAAAUAAAAUCAAGUCCAAGUCCAGCAGAGACAAUGAAAAACGGUGGGGUGGGGGAGAGUAAUGUGAGUGGCCGAUCCAGAACCUCCACUCUGCUGUUCUCAAACCUCCUAAACUAACCUGCAGGUUUGGUCAGAGUUAUGGUCCAGUUUAAAGACUCAUCCACACUCGAGCUUUUUGGCUGAUGUCUUAAGAUGUUGCCUCAGUUUAUCCACACAAACUAUAUUUUAAAUUUCAAUUCAAUUUUAUUUAUAUAGCGUCUAAUACAACAAAAGUUGUCUCCAGACACUUUCCAGAGACCCAGAACAUAAACCCCCGAGCAAUUAUUACAUAAACAAUGGCAGGUAAAAACUCCCAUAGUGGGAGAAAAGCCUUCAGCCAAACAGUGGCAAGAAAAACUCCCCUUUAGGAGGGAAGAAACCUUGAGCAGGACCAGGCUCAUAAGGGGGGACCCUCCUGCCGAGGGCCAGACUGGGGGUCGGGGACGGCAGCAGCACAGCAGGCAGGUGGAAGCAGCAACGGGGGUGGGGACCAUAGGCCAGCACGCAGCUCCUGAAGCUCCGGCCCAAUCAGCAAGUCCCAGGUUGGGGUGCAGGGUCGGGGAAAGGUUGAGAAGGGGCAGGGAGAGGAGUCUUGACGGACAAAUCUCUCCCCCUCUUUAAAGUGCACCGGCCCCUCCUGUAGCAUGAUACUGCCACCCUCGUGCUUCACAGUUGAGAUGUUGGACCCCUUUUCCUACACUGUUGGGUUUUAGUCUCCACUUCUUUGCUCCCAUGUGCAGCUGCAAACUGAUGAUCUGGCUGUUUUAUAUGUCGUUUUUGGAGCGGUGGCUUUUACUCGCUCAUCUCGGUACAGAAUGUGUUUUUACUGCGGGUAUUGAUCUUCUUCACUUUUUACAAGAUCCACUGUCGUUCUUGGGUUUAUAUUUACAGUUUUCAGAUCAAAACACCUCUGAAAAGUCGGGAUGACUCGGCUCCCACGCUGAUUUUACUGACGUCUGAACAGAUGACCUGCUCUGCAGUUGUUUUCCUGGUUUCUUGUGAUUUUUAUUUAUUUUUUCCCAUGAUUCCCUAUUAGGCCUCUUUGUUUGAGGACAAAUUUUUAAAUAUGUCCAUCAACUUGUCCAUCAACUUGUGUAUGUAAACUUAUGAGUGAAGAUGAUUAUAUUUAAAAACAUCUCUGCGCUUAAGACACAGAAAAUGUUGAGAAUCCUUAUUAACCUAAAGGAGGAAAAGUCUCCUCAGCACUACCGUCAGACGCGGAGAAAGAAGUCUGUCUUAUUCUAAACAGUUUGUAAGCGUCUGGUGACUUUUCUUUGGUCAUAGAUCAAAUAUAUUUUUGUUUUAUUGAUGAUACACGACUCAGCUGCAUCUCGAGAGGACUGGAGAAGCGCCGCAUGUGGUAAUUCAGCUCUUUAAGAGUCCAAUCAGACUAAAUGAUGGCCAUUUCUCUACGGACAUCAAAGAAUGACAGAGGUUCAUCAUUUAAAAUGCCUUUAGUUAAGGUUUGCCAACAAAGAAGAGGACUAGUACUUCACUACGCCUGCCACUAGGGGACAGUAAAGACCUCAUCUUUCCAGGAGUGGAAGCGCUGCUGCUUUAAACUCCUGCUUCUGUGGAAGAGGCUUCUUCAAACGAGUUUAACUGUUUGUUAUAGCUGGUCAGUAACAACUGUGUUUUUGAAAACACUCCAAGUGCACUUUAUGGAGUUAAACAUGGCUCAGAUGUUUCCAUCCUGUCAUUGUCGUCCUAUUGCUUAAAUCAGUGGUCUCCAGUGGUCUCCUCAGGACAACCCCGUCCUGCGGGUUUUAGAUGUUUCGACACACCUGAUCCUCCUUAACGGUCGUCAGCUCGUCACCGAGGUCUGACAUCGGUGUCAGGGCGUCCUGAAGCUGGGAAACAUCUGGAACAUGCAGGACCGGGGGUCCCGUCCCGAGGACCCGCGUUGGACACCACCGACUCCAAUGAUGAAGUGUUGCCAAAAAAAUGUAAUUGUUUGCAGCUAAUAAGUGAUUGUAAAACAUGAAUUAUUUGAUGUAUUAAAUGAAUUUGGUUAAA